AAUCAAUGUUGAGAGCACAGUUCAGUAGAGCUUUGGCUGCCGGUACGUUAAGACGUCGAAGAGAUUUUCGCUCUCGUCAUUUUCAAAACAUUCAAUAUUUUGCUGUAGGUGAACACAGAGAGUGGAAUAACAAAAGUGAAUAAAAUAUCGUGCUAGUGCAUUAUACAUUAGUCAUUCUGGACAGGGCGAUAACAUAAACCGUGGAAUUUUCUCUGUUUUUUCUUCUGUUUUUUUGUAACGAAUAAAAAAAAAGAGAAGAAAUUGUCUAAGUUUUUCAAGCUAUUAAUUGCUCACUGGGGACAUUUUUGUUUCGUUUAAUUUCGACGAAUUAACGACAAACCAGGAGAUGAAAAUUUAGUCAUUUGUAAACAUAUGCACACGACGACGACGCAUUUUCAGACAAGAACACAAACACACACAACAAAUUCAUUGAGUGCUAAGUGAUUUAAAACCAAAAAAAAAGAACGAAAAACAAUCAAAACUGAUCGAAAAAAAGGAAAAAAAAAAUAGAAAACGUGAUAAAGAUAUCGAGCUGGAAUAUGAAACAGAAAAUAGAAAUAUUCUGGACAAGUAAAUGCAAGGUGACAACCGACAUCUGAUGCACUUUUUUAUGAGUUUUCGACUGAAAAAAAAAACUGUUUGAUAGACUUGAAGACAGUGCUUAACUGUUUAUUCAAGAGACAAGAGUGCUGAGAUUGUAAUUGUUUUUUAAACGUAACAGCCAAAGAGCAAACAGAACGAAGACGUGUAAAAAAAAAGAGAGACCAAAACGGAACAGUGAACUGUUUUAUUGAUCGGAAGUGUGAAGUUGAAUUUACCGAGUGGAUAUUUUAUGAUUUCUAAAUAAAAUCGAAAAUCGGUGUGUCGGUGUGUUUCAUUUUGAGAGUUGAAAAUCUGUGAAAAAUUUUUCUUGUUUCGGCACAACACGCAAACGGGCCGCGAGUAAUACACAUUUCGUCAAAUAGGCAAUCCGAAGAAAAGAUAAGAACUGUCACAAAUCUUUGGGAUUAAUACAUCACCGCAACAGUUUUUGUCGAAAACGGACUGCGCUUAUUUACUGCGCUUCACGGAGUCAACCAAGCGAAGCAGUGAGGAUUGCAAGUCGAAAGAUCAAAGUAAAUAAAUUGCCAAAAACCAAGUGAGUUUCGUGUCGCAUUCCAAAAUACGAAAGGAACGGACGAACGGAAAGAAACACGGCCACAGAUAUAUUAAAUAUGCAAUCGGCAACAAGCACUUAAACCGCACAUCCCCAAGUGGCUUACGGCGAUUAACGAACGAAAAAUUAUCAAUUGAUUGAGUGACGGCGUUAAUAUGCACUCGAACUUGGUCUUCUGACAUUCUUCACAUUCUUCCGUUGAACACGAUUCUUGCAUUUGCUUGCAGUUAAACUCGAGAAAGAGACCGAAGUUUAAGAAGAAAAAAAAACGGCAGACGGCCACAUUCACGACUCAAUCGGUUUUAAUUUAAUAAGAAAAACCUGCGAGAGAGAUAACAAGCGAGCUGAAGUGAGCCCACGUGAAAUUUAUUCGUCAUUAUUUUGAAAUCGGUAUUUUGUGAGUUCGAAGAACAAAGAGGACGAAAUCGCUCUGGGAAUACAAAAGAGACUGAUAAAAAAUCCCCAGAAGACGAAUACAACACAACCGCACAGAGAAGUAGAGAUCGAAAAAAAAACUCUGAACAUCGAAAAACGAUUUCACAAAGAAAAAUCGAGAUGACAUUUUUGAAUUUUACAAGUGCAAAAUAAAUACGAGAGAGAGCGGGGAAAAAGGCGACGACGAAGAAGAACUUCGAACCAUCGUAUAAUCAAAUAAACUCUCAACACGAAGAAGACUGCUUCACAUACGCUUUUUUUUGUUUGUUCGCUUGGCUCGAGAGCAGGAAAAAUAAAAUUUGAUGAGAAAGCAACAUCAAAAAUCAAAAGCAGGCGAGAAAUAAAAUAAAUACGAGUAAAGAUAAAAGGAGACGUUGAAUCGACAACAACGAAAUAACACACAUCAACCAAUAUGCACUGGAUAAAGGAAUAUCGGCAAAAAUCCUUAACGGGCAAUGCAUUAACGAUCAUUUUUUUAUUGAUCUUGCACUUCAGCCAAAAUGUUUUCGGUUUGGAUUAUCCGAGGAUAACUGAGCAUCCAUUAGAUGUAAUGGUGCCGCGCUACGAACCAGUUACGCUAAAUUGCAAAGCAGAUGGCAUACCAACACCGACAAUCACUUGGUACAAAAACGGGGAACCGCUUAAAAUUGAACAAGGACUACAUCGCAUGAUUCUUCCAGCUGGCGGACUCUUUUUUCUAAAGGUGGUGCAUUCGCGACGUGAAAGUGAUGCUGGCGUUUAUUGGUGCGAGGCUCGCAAUCAAUUAGGUUCAGUGCGAAGUCGUAAUGCAACAUUGCAGGUUGCAGUGCUACGAGAUGACUUUCGCUUGGAACCGCAAAAUACACGCGUUGCUUUGGGCGAAGUGGCAAUCAUGGAAUGCGGACCACCACGUGGUACACCCGAACCGGUUAUUUCAUGGCGAAAAAAUGGACAAACCAUGGAUUUGACCAACUCAAAACGAAUUCGCAUCGUAGACGGUGGUAAUUUGGCCAUUCAAGAUGCUCGGCAAUCAGACGACGGCCGAUAUCAAUGUAUCGCACGUAAUGCGGCUGGCGUUCGAGAAUCGUCGGUGGCAUUUCUCAAAGUACAUGUGAAACCAUUCUUGAUUCGUGGACCUCAGAAUCAAACGGCCGUAGUGGGCAAUUCGGUGACGUUCCAAUGUCGCGUCGGUGGUGAACCAGUACCGGAUGUUCUUUGGCGCAGAUCCGCAAGCGGUGGAAAUAUGCCUUUACAUCGCGUUCACAUUCUCGAGGAUCGAAGCUUGCGAUUGGAAAAUGUUGGAUUAGAUGAUAUGGGUGAAUAUACAUGCGAAGCGGAUAAUGCAGUUGGUGCCGUUGCAUCGACCGGAAAUUUAAUCGUUUAUGCUCCUCCGGUGUUUACGAUCCGUCCAAAGACGCAAAUCGUCGAAUUAGGAAAGGAAGCAAUCUUUGAAUGUGCGGCAAAUGGAUAUCCAAAGCCAACGACCUACUAUUCCAUCGAAGGGAAUCGUACGCUUAUGUUCCCGGGCUACAAACAUGAUCGCAUUGAAGUGACCCAAACGCCAGAAGGUCGACUUUUAUUGUCGAUUCAAAAUGUUCAACGAACCGAUGCCGGUAAAAUUAUUGUAUGCAGCGCCGUCAAUAGUGUGGGUAGCACUAGUACUCGCGUUGUCGUGACAAUAAAUACACAAGAAGAACGUCCACCACCAAUCAUUGUGCAAGGGCCAGCCAACCAAACGCUUCCAAUCAAAUCGGUCGCCACACUGCCAUGCAAAACCAUCGGUGGCCCAAUCAUUACAAUCGCCUGGUACAAAGACGGUAUACCGUUGGUCCUCAACGAUCGCAUGAAUCUGUCGCAAAGCGGAACGUUGACCAUCAGCGAAUUGAGCAAGGAAACCGAUGCCGGUCUGUACACUUGUGUUGCCAGCACAAAAAGUGGUAAAUCAACAUGGAGCGCCUAUUUGAAACUUGAAGCUCCAACAAAUCCGAAUAUUCGCUUCUAUCGUGCACCAGAAGCGUCCACCUUCCCCGGCCAACCUGGCAAACCGCAAAUUAUUGAGAAAACCGACAACAGUGUGACAAUAACAUGGUCGCGAAGCACGAAAAUUGGUCAAUCGAGUUUGCUUGGAUAUACCGUCGAAAUGUACGGUCGCAACGAUACAGACGGUUGGGUAAUGGUUGCUCAACGCUUACAAGACACAACCUAUACACAUUCGGAUCUAACGGCAGGCAUAAGCUAUUACUUUGUGGUUCGAGCGGAAAAUACACAUGGAUCGUCAGCACCCAGCGCUAUUUCAGAGCCUGUCAUCGUUGGAAUUAAUGAUUUCAACACUGGUCUUGAUUUGAGCGAAGCUCGUGCCAGUCUACUGUCUGGAGAUGUUGUUGAACUAACCAAUGCAACGUCAACGGAUUCAACCAGCAUGAAACUUGUGUGGGAGAUCAUCAAUGGCAAAUAUGUUGAAGGCUUUUAUAUCUAUGCAAGACAAUUGGAUUCGGACAAUGAUACGUACAAAAUGUUAACGGUGCUUAAUGGCGGCGGUGCAUCCACAUGUACCGUAACCGGACUCGCAAAAUACCAAUCCUAUGAAUUUUUCAUCGUUCCAUUUUACAAAACCGUUGAGGGAAAACCAUCAAAUUCGCGCGUCGCUCGCACACUUGAGGAUGUUCCAAGCGAUCCACCAUCUCACAUGGAAGCUCUGUUAUUGAAUUCCUCCGCUGUCUAUCUGAAAUGGAAAGCGCCCGCACUUGAAGCCCACAAUGGCAUUUUGCAAACGUAUCAUAUAAUCGUCCGUGGCUACGAUGCAAACAUGAAUCGGUCUCGUAUUCUCACCAAUGUUACGAUUGACGCAACGGCACCAACACUUUUAUUGGCUAAUUUAACCGAAGGUGUUACAUAUACGGUUAGUGUGGCGGCUGCAAAUCGAGCUGGUUAUGGACCAUACAGUGCACCGGCCACACUUCGAUUGGAUCCGAUUACCAAACGCCUGGAUCAAUCAACAUUAUCGCACAGAUAUCCGAUAAAUCACGACCAUAUGGAUGAUUGGAUAACACAGACCUGGGUCAUGGUGUUGCUUGGCUCAUUUUUCGCCGUCAUAAUUAUGUCGUUUGGUAUAUACGUAUUCGUAAAACGGAAGCAUUUGAUGAUGAAACAAGGCGCACUCGACGCUCGUUCGAACAGUGUUUUGAAAAUAUCGAGUAUAUCACGGAACCGGAACGGUUUUUGGUUGGAUCCAACGGGCAUGGUGUGGAGACAAACUGAAUUGCCAAAAGACCAGAUAGCUGACUAUGCACCGGUGUGUCAAACACCAACCAUUCAUCGAGAUGUUGAUCAAAAUGGUUUCAUCAAUGAUUAUUCCAAUUUUCCGGCCGAUUACGCGGAAGUAUCAACGUUCAGCAAAGCACCAAGCGAAUGCAGUGGCACUCGUUCGCCUGCACCGUACGCUACCACAACUCUAGUUGGCAAUUCCCGUUUGAUCACCAUGAAGAAUGUAAACAAUCAAAAUAUGUACUUUGCCAGCGACUUAUACAAUCCACAAAAUCGCUAUGUACACUCGGAAUCGUAUUUCAAUCCAAAGGAAAAAAUCAAUAUCACGGAAAAUCGACUUGGUUGCAACACAUUCAAUCCGAAUCAUGCAAUGGCAACGGCAGCACCGUUCGGUACGAUACGCAAAAAUCGAUUGAAAUUGUUACGCAAUCCGAAUUUUCGCAUUGGGCUCAGUGACGGCAAACUGAACGACUCGAAUAGCAGCAAUGGAAAUUUGACUAAUUCAAAUGGAAAUGGACAACAAGAGCAACUGUAUGUGAAAAUUGGCGAAAUGAACCCGGCAUCGAGUGAAUACGAUUACAGUGGAAUGCGUUGGGGCAACCAACAACAACAACAACAGCAGCAACAACAACCAACCGAUGCAUACCAUCAACGACCACCUCAAAUGCAACACUACGAACAAACGCAUGUGAUGCCAUCGCAGCAGCCACCCCAAUCGAAUACGGGCUCAUCGAAUCAGAGCAUUUACGAGAAUCAUCAUCGCCAAAACAGCGAUAAGGACAUGAUUUAUGCACCUUCGGCCAACCGAAGCAUUAUUAGCUAUAUGAGUUCAAAUAAACGUUUUGACGAAGUGUAGAUGCUUCUCGGAGGCAAAACACACACAAAUGGAUAAUAGAAUAUUACAUUAUUUAUGUGUUUAGUUUAAAGCAAAAAAAAGAAAAAUCGACGAAAAUUCUGUACAUUUUGAGAAAACCCCUCAAUCUAGUGAUUAAAAUAAAUACGAUGAUAAAAUGAAAAGGAAUA